AUGGAGCAGCAGCAGCACCAACAACAACCCGAUCGGCCAGCCGACUUAAGCCGCGAGGUUUCCUCUCCAAACAUCCCCAUAGACUUCAACCAAGCAUCGGUCAAUCCUGCACCAGUCAACCCGGCCAACCCCGUCCUCAGAAGCGUCUCCUUGGCCGACGCCGUCACCCCCGGCAUCCACCAGCACACCUACGUCUACCGCGACACCUCCCGCUCUCAGUCGCCCAGUUACUUCCCGCCACCCGCCGACGCCCAAAGCUACUUUUCCCUCUCCGACCGCCCCCGCGAUUCCCCCCCUCAACCUCCAACCUCCAACCCACAAUCUUCUCAAUCACAACAACAACAACAACAACAACAACCACCACAAAUCUCGACCUCCUCCCAACUCCCCCGCUCGCCUGGUCCCCUCUCCGGCCGCGAUAUCCUCAAGCGCAUGACCCUCGCAGCCAUGGGUCGCCGCGAGUCUCUCUCGCAAAUCCGCGCCGCCAACCCCGACCUCCACCUGAGCGGCAACAUCAUCUCGGCCACCUUUAACAUUCCCCAUUCCCUCAGGUACCGCAAGGGAUCCGACUGGGAACUGAAACCUCGCCGCGGCCAGUCCGCCCUCUUCGACUCCUUCGCCUACCUCUCCUCCGACGAGACCCCGUGGCACCACACCGUCGUCGCCUGGACCGGCGAGAUUGACACCCCCAAGGACGUCCUCUCCCCCCCCGGCACUCCGCCCGCCACCACCGUCCACUUCUCCUCCCUCAAUACUCUCUCCGCCCCCGUCCCCAUCGAUGGCGACCCCCGCCUGCCCACCCCGCCCCCGAGCACCGACGGCCUCUGGCUGCCCCGCGAGGACCAGCUCCGCCUCGAGGCCCAGCUCGCUCACUCAAAGACCAUCAGGACCGUCCCCGUCUGGCUUUGCGACGAUAACGAGCAGCAGGAAGAGGGCAUCCUCCUCAAGGACCAGAGCCGCUGGCGCCGCUACGCCGAGCACGACCUCUACACCCUCUUCCACUACAAGCAGCACGAGCCCACCGACGGCCGCAAGGAGCGCCUCCAGUGGGCCGACUACUACCGCAUGAACCAAAAGUUCGCCAACCGCAUCAUCGACCUCUACAAGCCCGGCGACAUCGUCAUCGUCCACGACUACUACCUCAUGCUGCUGCCCAGCAUGCUCCGUCAGCGCGUCCCCAACAUGAACAUCUCCUUCUUCCUCCACUCCCCCUUCCCCAGCUCCGAGUUCCUCCGCUGCCUCCCCCGCCGCAAGGAGGUCCUCGAGGGCGUCCUCGGCUCCAACCUCGUCGGCUUCCAGUCCUACAGCUACUCCCGCCACUUCGCCUCCUGCUGCACCCGCGUCCUCGGCUUCCCCUCGGACAGCGGCGGCGUCGACGCCUACGGCGCCCGCGUCCAGGUCGGCGUCUUCCCCAUCGGCAUCAACGCCGACAAGUGCGAGAUGUACGCCUGGACCGACGCCGUCACCCAAAAGUACGACGCCCUCAAGAAGCUCUACGAGGGCAAGAAGAUCAUUGUCGGCCGCGACCGCCUCGAUUCCGUCCGCGGCGUCGCCCAGAAGCUCCAGGCCUUUGAGCGCUUCCUCGAAAUGUACCCCGACUGGCGCGAAAAGGUCGUCCUCAUCCAGGUCACCUCCCCCACCAGCAUCGAGGAGGAGAAGGACGACGACCCCGAGAGCCGCAUCGCCACCCGCGUCAACGAGCUCGUCAUGCGCAUCAACGGCAUGUACGGCAGCCUCGGCUUCUCCCCCGUCCAGCACUACCCCCAGUACCUCAGCCAGGACGAGUACUUUGCCCUGCUGCGCGCCGCCGACAUUGGCCUCAUCACCUCGGUCCGCGACGGCAUGAACACCACCAGCAUGGAGUACGUCAUCUGCCAGCGCGAGGGCCACGGGCCCCUCAUCCUGUCCGAGUUCUCCGGUACCGCCGGCAGCCUCAAGGACGCCAUCCACAUCAACCCCUGGGACCUCAGCGGCGUCGCCGCCGAGAUCAACAACGCCCUCACCAUGUCACCCGAGAAGCGCAUGGCCAUGCAGACGAGCCUCUACAACCACGUCACCACCCGCAACGUCCAGAGCUGGAUCGACCACUUCAUCCGCAAGCACGUCCACGUCCUCGGCACCCAGAAGACCGCCCACGCCACCCCGCUGCUCGACCGCACCCUCAUGCUCAAGACCUACCGCGACGCCGGCAAGCGCCUCUUCAUGUUCGACUACGACGGCACCCUGACCCCCAUCGUCCGCGAGCCGAGCGCCGCCGUCCCCUCGGAGCGCGUCCUGCAGACCCUCAGGGCCCUCGCCAGCGACGACCGCAACGCCGUCUGGAUCAUCUCCGGCCGCGACCAGGAGUUCCUCCAGCAGCACCUCGGCCACAUCCCCGGCCUCGGCUUCAGCGCCGAGCACGGCAGCUUCAUGAAGAACCCCGGCUCCGACGAGUGGGUCAACCUCGCCGACAAGUUCGACAUGGGCUGGCAGGCCGAGGUCAUGGACGUCUUCCAGUCCUUUACCGACCGCGUUCCAGGCUCCUUUGUCGAGCGCAAGCGCUGCGCCCUGACGUGGCACUACCGGCUGGCUGACCCCGAGCAGGGUCUGCACAUGGCGCGCGAAUGCCACAAGGAGCUCCAGGCCACCGUCGCGCAGAAGUGGGACGUCGAGGUCAUGGAGGGCAAGGCUAACCUCGAGGUCCGGCCGACCUUCAUCAACAAGGGCGAGAUCGCCAAGCGGCUCGUCCACACGUACAACUCGGCGUCGGCGUCGGACAAGCAGGCCAGCCGCGUCGAGUUCGUCCUCUGCCUCGGCGACGACUUCACCGACGAGGACAUGUUCCGCUCUCUCAACGGCCUGUCCGGCACCGAGCUCGAGAACGACCACGUCUUCACCGUCACCGUCGGCGCCAGCACCAAGGUCACGCUGGCCAGGUGGCACCUGCUCGAGCCUGAAGACGUCGUCGAGUGCGUCGCCCUGCUCGUCGGCGUCGGCCUUGGUGGCGAGUCCCACGAGCACUUUGGCCAGGUCAACCUCGCCGCGCUGAGCACCGUCGAGGGACACAUCCCCGAGUCGGAGAAGUGA